AUGUCUCAGCUGAACAUAUCAAACAUUGUUCAACUUCUUAGAGAUGACCUGUCAAAAGUUUCCAGUUUGAGUUUCGAAUUGAGGAGUGAUCAUUUGCAAAAGGUUUCUAAGCCAUUAUUAAAAACAUUGUUUCAAACAUUAUCUAAGGAUAUAAAAAUUGAAGAUGCUCAGCAGACUUCUCUUUGUGAUUGCCUGAUUGAAUAUAUGGGUUAUGAUCGAUACACCGCCGUUGAGGCUACUAUGUGCUUAUUCAGACUUAGAGAUUUAUCCGAAAAUUUAACGAGCAAACUGGGUGAUAAAGUUGACGCAUUAUUAGAUUUACAAUCUUCUAAGGCUGAUAGAUACAAAAUUGUCAAGAUACUCUCUCAAUUGUUUACAUUUGAUCCUAUUCUAGCCUCUGAGAUUUUUAACAAAAAUGCAGCUUUUGCCAACCUUCUUGCUAAUGAAGUUACUUUGUUGAGUAACGAGUUUGAAUCACCAUCAUCGGAGACUUGGAAACAUUUGAACAAUAUUUUAAUGUUAUUCUCAAAUGCUUGUGUUGAUGAGAUUUCGAGGAGUUUAAUUGCUUCUAUGUAUAUCAACUUACUACUGAAAUGCUUAAGAUUGGAUGAAAACGACAGCCAUUUACAAAUCAAGUGUUACGCAACCACAAUCACCGUUAAAAUGUGGAGAAUGAUUAAACCUGACAUAUUAGCAAACAAUUCACAGCUAUUAUCGCUGGACAGUUUAUCUGAAAUAAGCUUAUCAUGCUUGUCUAAAGGUAUGGAAACAUCUAUAGAAUGUUUAUCGCUAUUAUCAACAAAUAUUCAAAUUAAGAAUAAACUAAGGAAUGCCAAUACUUUAGACACCUUAGUUGAACUCCUGAAAAAAAAGGAGCACACAAAGUACGGAAUCAUAUCCCUACUAUCAUCAAUCACUAUACCUAAUAGAGUCCUCAAAAUUAAGCAGCGCUCAGUAAUGACAUUAAAAGAUUCGAAUAGUAUUGAUCUGAUUGACAUUCACACCAAUGGAAAGUUAGAAGCUAGUAGACUGAAUGACGAUAUACAAAAAAUCAGGUAUGUUUGUAAAGAGUUAAUUGCAAAAGGAUUUUUCUCCAGUUAUUUAGUAUCAAUAUUUAAAUCUUUAGAAUCGUCCAAAGGCUUAAUAGGUGAAUGUAUUAAAUUGAUGCAUAAUGUUGUUUUUCCUGAUAUAGAUCCUGAUGCUGACUCUAGAGAUCAGUUAAACGAUGAUAAAGGAUACUAUGACUUAUACAUUAAAGAAUUUACCCAGAUUAUCAGAUUAUUAACCGCUUACUUAAUAGGAACAUCUCAAAAUAUGAAAUAUAGUCAUGAAACAUUUAUAACAUUUGCAGAUCCUAACAUUGAGAUUGGCGAAUCUGAUCUUGAAUCCCGUUCUAUUGCUAUCAAGGCUUUAACAAGUCCUGAAAUUAGUGGCAAUGUAAAUGGGAUCUAUGGUGGGCAUGAUUUGGAAUUUUCUUUAUCUCCUGUUCCUUUUAUUAUUGAAAUAUUGAUUCAACACGAUAUCGAUAUAGGUAUGUCUAAUGGCAAGAAAGCGACUCCUUUUAGUACAUUGAAAAAGCAAGUUUUUUCAUCAUUUGAUGUAUAUUAUGCUUUUAUUGCGUUAGCUGCUAUUGCUUCAAUUGGGCACGAACAGAUCAAACAAACAAUCUUUACUUUAGGAUUUGAUUCAAUCAUGAAUACGCUGCACACAAAUGAAGAGAAACUGCAGUUUGCUUCGUUACAAUUGUUGAAUGAAAUAUGUGAUUUACCUUUAUGCGUUGCCAAGUUUUUUAACUGGAAUACCGAAACAGACGAAUAUUAUCAAAAUUUCAAGGUUCUUACAUAUUUAAUACAAUCUACGAAUUAUGAAUCGCAAUGCCUUGCAUUGCAAAUUUUCUAUGCUACAUCAAGGUUUGAAAUAGUGUCCGAAAAACUUGCAAACAAUGAAUUGUUCUGCAAAGUACUAAAUAGUUUAUUCCACAACCAAAACAGUGACGACGCAUUAACCUAUUAUGCAUUAUUAGUAUUGAGCAACAUCCUGCCUUUAAAUAAAAAGCUAUCUGAUAAUAAAUUGUCAAUAUUUAAUGAAUCUAAGUCGGCUAUUUUGAGCCAUAUUAAUAGUGAAAACGAACAAAUUCAAGAAAUCACAAACAUCAUGGCACAUUAUUUAAGUUGA